GAGGACAUAAUAUAACGAGCUUGUUGUGCACAAUGUUCUGUUACUCGAUACGCGUUGAACAACAAUAAUUAUGAAAAUUCUCACUUAACGAUAUAAAAUAAAAUAGGAUUAAAACCUUAAAUUAAAAUAAUUUUAAGUGACAACUUUAACAAUUAGUCUCGAUUCGAGAAGUGAAUUUGAGGUGUUUUAGAUCUGAUUUGUGACAAAUAUUUUCUUUAAUUUUAACUUAAGUUUAUUUAUUUUUAACGGACACCCAACACCAAAAUGAUUACUCUAUCGCUGAAAGAAGCAAUGAAGAUUGGUUUUAUUGGCGGUGGAAGGUUGGCGUAUGCCUUGGCAAGUGGAUUCAUAUCAGCUGGUUUGGCAAAAGCAGAUGAAAUCACAGCGAGCUGUCACCCAUCCGAUUUGGUGUCCGCUGAGGCAUUUAAGAAAUUGGGAGCAACAGCACUGUUUGAAAACGUACCAGUAGUAGAAAGGUCAGAGGUGGUGAUCGUAUCAGUCAAGCCGGAUGUGGUGGUACCAGCUCUUCAAGAUGUAAAACACCUGGCAGCGUCGAAGAACAAGCUUUUCAUAUCGGUAGCUAUGGGGGUGUCCACUGGAACCAUUGAAAAGGUCCUCCCUCAAGAAGCUCGCGUGAUUCGAGUGAUGCCAAACACACCAGCUCUAGUCAAUGAAGGUGCUGCAGCUUUGAGUAGAGGGUCCAGAGCAACGGCAGAUGACGCCAAGGUGGCAGCACAGCUAUUCCGCGCUGUAGGAACUUGCGAAGAAGUACCUGAAUACCAGAUGGACGCUGUUACUGCUCUCAGUGGAAGUGGUCCGGCUUAUGUGUACAUGCUAAUAGAAUCGCUAGCCGAAGGUGGGGUCCGUUGCGGUCUGCCUCGGGACCUGGCCCUGCGUCUGGCCACGCAGACCACACUGGGCUCGGCGGCCAUGCUGCGUAACGGCGGACAUCCGGCCGCCAUGAAGGACAACGUCACAUCCCCUGCAGGAUCCACUGCGGAGGGGACCUAUCACUUAGAGAAGAACGGCUUCAGAUCAGCUGUUAUUGGUGCAGUGACGGCAGCGAUGGAAAGGUGUAAAGUAGUCAAUAAAUUAUAUCAAUAAGUAAAAUAAUUAUACUUAAAAUGAUUUUUUUAAAUUGAGUCUCC